CCUAUUUCUGUUGUGCCCACAGAAAUUGAGGGUAUACAAAAGACGGUAACGGGCGGUGAGAAAGAGGAGGGGCUGCUAGCGUCUUCUGAACCGCUGCAGGUAGAGGAUGCACAACAGGUUGAGUCUGUACAAGCAGCGUUGCCGAAUUUGGAGCAAGCCCCAGCAGAACCUUUGGAGCCUGCUACUAAGGUAAAAGAGGCGAUGGAUUUGGCCCAAUCCCCACUUGAGGAUAAUAAGCAACACAGUGAAAGUUUGCUAAAAGUAGUUUUAGAGGCGGAUCUAACCUCCCAAGUUUCUGAUAGUGUGCAGGCGAUCACAACGGAAGAGCCCGUUCAGUUGGCCAAACAGCCUUUGCAGGAAAGUUCUGCGCCUGAGUUGCCAGAAAGAAAGGGGGGUGCAUUCCCAGAAAAUCGAUUAACCGCGGUUGAAAAGGCACCUGCAUCAAAAAAACCUGCGGUGGAGGUGUUGUCUGCGACCUUGUCGAGCAAAACCCCUGACCCAGCUGAAUUAGCCAGCUUGCAAGAAAAAGCACAGGCACAAGUGCAGCGUAAGCGCCAAGCGGCUGAAGCUGAGGCAGCUGCCAUUCGUGCGAUGAUGAAUAAUCGUGCACCUAAGCCCAAAAAAGAAGUACCCAAAGCAACGCCAGCUACCGUGGCUACGCCUUUAGCGUCUACUUCUGCUCCGUCGGCUUCUAAAACGGCUGAAAAGAAAGCGGAUAAAACUACAGAAGCAGCCACGGCUGCGGAUCCAAAUAAACCCAAAGUCAAGGGUCAAAAGGCAGACCAAAAUAUCUGGGGCAAUGAAGGACAGAAAAAACCGAUGCGUGCGCGUGGAGCAAAAGCGACCGAUGUGGUGAUUUUGGUGGUGGCAGCAGAUGAUGGCGUUAUGCCCCAAACUAAGGAGGCGAUCGCGCAUGCCCGUUCGGCCGGUGUGCCUAUUGUCGUUGCGGUCAAUAAAAUUGAUAAAUCGGAAGCCAAUCCUGAGCGGGUCAAACAGGAAUUAGUGGCCGAAGAGGUUGUUCCCGAAGAGUAUGGGGGGGAUGUGCCUUUUAUUCAUGUUUCGGCAAAAACAGGUGAGGGUAUUGAUAGCCUACUUGAAAAUGUUUUGCUGCAAGCAGAAGUUUUAGAAUUAACAGCUCGUGAUGAAGGACCGGCUCAUGGUUUAGUGAUUGAAGCGAAGCUUGACAAAGGUAAGGGGCCGGUUACAACAGUUUUGGUGCAAGAAGGAUUGUUAGCACGAGGGGAUAUGGUAUUGAUUGGAAGCCAUUUUGGACGCAUACGGGCGAUGCUCGAUGAGAAUGGUGUGCCGAUUAAAGAUGCGGGUCCUUCUAUCCCAGUGGAAAUACAAGGUUUAUCUGGUGUGCCCCAUGCGGGAGAUGAAAUGGUGGUGGUGCAAGAUGAACGUAAGGCAAGGGAAAUUGCCUUAUUCCGUCAGGAAGCCCAAGCCCGAAAAAUGGCAGAAUCCGAAGGGGUGGAUGUCCGUUAUUACAAUAUUAUUUACGAUGCGGUAGACGAUAUUAAGGCGGCCAUGAGUGGCAUGUUAGCUCCUGAGAAGAAAGAAGAAAUCAUCGGCUUAGUCGAAAUCAGACAAGUUUUCCGUGUUUCUAAGGAAAAUAGAGAAGUUAUGAGUGAAGAAGCAGAAAACCUCAGCAUCCCAAGCGAGGGCCUUCCCGAAACGGAAGCGUUAGAUGGGCAACCACAGGAAAAUGCCAAUCAAGAAAUUGAAGCCUUACAGUCCAAAGUAACGGAAUAUUACGAUGCGCUGCUCCGUGCUAAAGCCGAGGCUGACAAUGCCUAUAAACGUCAUCUCGAUGAGGUAGCUAAGGCG